GCAUAUGCACAGUGGCAGGCAGGGAAUAGUGGAGUUCUUUGGCUUUCAUUUUCAUGCUGGUGUAGGGAACGUGGCUCUCAACCUCAAAGAAAGGAGACAUGAUUCUGGCUCCAGAAGCAUGGGUCUGAAAGAAGACAGGGCUUUGGCCCCGGGAAUCUGCAGUCUGCCCUAUCCCAGAUGACCCUUCUUCCAGGGACAGCCAGGUCACUCUUCCUGAAGGGGAAAGCGAGAGUCUUUCAGAGACCCGCUUCUCGAGGCUCGAGCAGGAGCUUGUGUCCGGAAGAAUUUGGAGACCGAGAGCUGGACUCCCACCCUUGACCCAACCUCCGCUACCGACCUGGCUUGCUGACACCCCCCACACACCCCUACCCCCACCACCAGAAGAUGGCUCAAGAUCGGCCUUUGCGUGCUGUGCAGGAGGCCCUGAAGAAGUGCUUCCCCGCCGUGGAGGAGCAGCAGGGCCUGUGGCAGAGCACUGUGCGGGACUGCCAGCCCCUCCUGGCCUCGCUCAGCAACCUGGCCGAGCAGCUGCAGGCGGCACAGAAUCUGCGCUUUGAGGAUGUGCCCGCACUUCGGGCCUUCCCGGACUUGCAGGAGCGGCUCAGGCGCAAGCAGCUGGAGGCUGGUGACAGUGUUCUGGACAAGCUGGCGGAGAGACUAGCCACUCUCCUCAAGGUGCGUGACACUGUGAGCAGCCAUGUGGAGCAAGUGUUCCAGACCUAUGAGCAGCACGCAACUGCAGUUGGCAUUGAUGGUGUUCUGCAGCCCUCAGCUGUAAGCCCCUCUGUAGCUGACAUGUUGGAAUGGUUACAGGACAUUGAGAGAUAUUGUCGAAGUUCGUACCUGAAGAGAAAAUACCUCCUCUCCUCAAUCCAGUGGGGAAACUUGGCAGACAUCCAAGCAUUGCCCAAGGCCUGGGACCAAAUUUCAGAAGAUGAGCACCAAGACCUUGUGCAAGCUAUCCUAUUGAAUGUUUCCUUCUUCCUGGAGGAGUAAAGAAGCUGUGUGUUUAUCUGGAAAUGUGAAGUACCACAAUUGAAGACUGACAUUGCUGCAUCUGCUAUUUCUAAAGAAACAUCAUAGCAACCUGACAUUUGAAACAUGAAUACCUACAACCUCAGGACUUGGUCUUGGGAUGACUGCUGGCAGAUAUCCUGGGGUUCUCCAUGCCAGGUCAUGGCUGAGGGUACAUGGGUCACCCCUUGCCCUCUCCUGAGGCUCAAGGAAGUGGACAGAGGCAGAGGAAAAACAGGAAAGGCAUCACUGAUGAAUAUAGUGUCUGUCUCCAUCAUAAAGCCUGAGUGGUAGGGAAGGAAAGGACAGGCGGUAACAGGUGGCAGCUGCCCUUAGCAUCAUCUGAGCAACAUAUCUGUUUGACACCAGUCCUGGUUUUGUAUGUAUCUGACUCCUUGAUUAUUUACAGAUAUGAGUAGGUCUGGGUUUGUAGUUAGAAUGUGUAUUUGACAUGCAUGAGGCCCUAGGUUCAGUCUCUCAAAAAAAAAAAGAAGGAAGGAAAGCAAAAGAGAAAGGGAAAAGAAAUGAAAAAGUGGUGAAAAACAUUGACGAAUAUUUGGCCAAUCCCAGUAGCUCCUUAUCAUCAAGCUGAUUUCUGUUUCCAAAGCCUGCCACCAGGGGGAGGUGGUGCCGCAUGAAUGGUUCUGAAUGCUUUGUUCUUAAGAGCUAGUGGUCCACUAUUGCUGUUACCAUCUGAGAAGUAAUGGAGAACACCAAGAAUCCCAAAAUGACAGCUGGCGUUGCACUUGCCAUAUUCUGAAUUUGUCGGACUGCAUGGGUGGGAGAACACCAGCCCAGAGUAGGUGAUCGGAUUGCAUUUCUGAGGCCCUGUACCUACAUCUGCAGUGGCUGCAUGCUUUUAGAGCCUUCCACUCCCCCAGAUGCUUGCAGAAAUCUAGGUCAUUCACUAA